CUUUUCCCCUCUUUUCCUCUCACCAGUCCCCACCCCCCCAAUCUCUCUCUGCAUCUCUACAGCUGUUGCUAGCUGUCCCCCUCUCCCCCUUGCAUGUGAUCCCGCUCCUCUCCCUCCAAUACCUCCCUCCCUUCGCCCCGUUAACGGAAAGCAUCCAUUCCACGGCACUCACACCACCGAGAACGGAGAGGGGGUCAGAGCAACGGGAAGGGAGAUAGCAUGCCAAUUUCUAGAGAAAUUUGGCAGUUUCGGCCCCGUACUCCAACUGUCUGUCUCCCAUUGUCCUGGAAUACGGCGGUCUGGGCGCUGCGCAAUUCACCGUUUUCUUUCAAUCUAGCAUUGGUUAUUUGAGUUGCUCGGAUCAGGCUGUGUAAUUCCAAGAAUCCGAGAAAUGGCCCAAUUGCCUCCCAAGAUCCCUGCUCUAUCUACCGAGUGGCCCAAUUGUGGCUACCAGAAGUCCCCCUCCAUGGGCACAUUCUUCCCGUCCGCGGCUCCCUCUCCCGGCGCCCAGCCCUCCUGGGUGGACGAGUUCCUGGACUUCUCGGCCGCCAAGCGCGGCGCCCACCGCAGGACGGUGAGCGAUUCGGUCACCUUCCUCGAGGCCCCGGCGGAGAGCGGCGUCGAUGACCGCAUGGUCCAUGAGUUCGACCGCCUCGAUGACUACCAGCUGCUAUCCAUGUUCUCCGACGACAUGCUCCAGUUGUCGUCGUCGUCGGCCGCGGCGGCACCCGUCUCGUCGUCGAACACGUCGACGCCGUCCGAUCACAACAGCAACAGCGGCGAGAAGACGGGGGAGCUGCGGCAGCGGAAUGAGGCAGAGGAGGCGCAGAGUACGUGCAAGGUGGAUCCUCAGCCCACACCGGCAGCCACGCAUCAGCCUGCAGAGCCGGAGCAAAUAAUUGAUCCCAAGAGGGUCAAAAGGAUCCUGGCGAAUAGGCAAUCGGCGCAGAGAUCCCGAGUUAGGAAGCUGCAGUACAUCUCCGAGCUCGAACGCACUGUAACAGCAUUGCAGACCGAGGUAUCGGCAUUGUCACCGCGAGUCGCAUUCCUCGAUCACCAGCGCUCCCUUCUCACCGUGGGCAACAGCCAUCUCAAGCAGCGAAUUGCUGCCCUUGCGCAGGAUAAGAUCUUUAAGGAUGCUCAUCGAGAGGCAUUGAAGAAGGAGUUAGAGAGGCUGAGGCAAGUCUACCACCAGCAGAGCCUCCACAAGAUGGGUGCUCCCACCUCCGACGCCGUCGUCCCCGCCGACAACAAGCUCCUUAGCAUGGACGGAGCCACCGGCCGCGCCCACCCACAUGACGGUUCCCCUUAGAAGCCCUCGUGAACUGCAGGUCCCGGUCUUCCAUGGGAGACGGCACCAAUGGUGGACGAUUAGCAGCCGUCGUUUCUUUGUUGGGGGUGGAGGUGAUGAUUAUAUUUACCAACUUCGGAGGCUGCGAUCAUCAUGGCGAUGGUGGAUGUUGUACUGUUCAUGUAAUUAGAUUGUAUUUAUUUUUAAUUUAUUUCGUAAUUGGGGUGAAGGUGGUGGGGAAUCAGAUGCAUGAAAGGGUUCGACGUCGGGGUUCUCUGCGGACCACCACCAUGGAGCAAUGGAAGGAGAGAAUUGGGGAGCUUAUCCUUUUUUUUUUUGGUUAAAUGAGCUUAUCCUUUUAAGAUCCGCUCGUGCUUUGAACAAUCGAGAGACAUUUCAGUGAUCUUACUCAAAAGCUGUCCUUCAUUUCAUAUUAAUAUCUAUCGAUAUUUGAUUGGAGGUUCGAUCUGCCGUUAAGGAUUUGACCUUCCUGAAUUGUAUAAA